AUGAAGAGCUGUCUGUUGCUGCGAUUCACAUCAGACACAUAUGACAACAUGUUGCCUACUAUAGGAGUGGACUUCAAGAUCAAAUCCGUGAUUGUCAACGGCAAGCGGGUGAAUCUCAACAUCUGGGAUACAGCUGGGCAAGAGCGCUUUCGAACGCUCACCAGCUCCUACUACCGAGGGGCUUCGGGAAUCAUUCUAGUGUACGAUGUGACGCGCAGGGAGACGCUAACGAGUGUGGUGGACGGGUGGAUGGAAGAGGUGCAGCGCUACUCCACACUGCCCGGCUGUGCGCUCAUGCUCGUGGGCAACAAGGCCGACAGGGUAAUGAGGCGCGCCAGGUGCGAACGACGGGUUGCGAUAAAUCCCGUCAUUCCCCCUUCUGCUCCCCAUCAAUUCCCGCUCUGCUUUUCCAUCAAUUUCCCCUCUGCUCUCUAUUUCCCCCCCUGCUUCUCCUCCGUUCCCCCCCUGCUUCCCCCCAUCCCCUUCCCUGCUUCCCCCCAUCCCCUUCCCUGCUUCCCCCCAUCCCCUUCCCUGCUUCCCCCCAUCCCCUUCCCUGCUCCCCCCCAUCCCCUUCCCUGCUUCCCCCCAUCCCCUUUCCUGCUUCCCCCCAUCCCCUUUCCUUCUUCCCCCCAUCCCCUUUCCUGCUUCCCCCCAUCCCCUUUCCUGCUUCCCCCCAUCCCCUCAGCCCUCCUUCCCCCCACCCUCUGCCCUGUUCCACCCUGCCCUCCCCAUCCCUGCCUUUCCCUCCCUGCCCUGCGCUUCCCUUCCCCAUCCCUUCUCAACCCUUCCCUUCCUUUUCAUGCCCUCCCCUUCCCCUUCACACCUCACCCGCCCACUACUGUAGUUCCCAUGCAUGUGCACCCAUCACUGUCUCCCCACAUGCUUUCAUCAUGUGCGCUUGCUUGUGUUCCCUUGCAGUUGUUCCUUUGGCACCUCACACCACCUCCCCCAUGUUCCUUCACACAAUUAUUCCUGCCUACUCCACUCCCUGUAUUUUCAGUGGUGAAGCAGAGGAGCAAGCUGAGGCGCAGCUAA